UCCUUUCCCCUCCCCUCCCCGGUUCGCCUAGCCCGCCCUGCCCGGCCCGCCCUUGCGAGUCAGUUCUCUGGUUCCCUCCCUCCGCGGGCGCGCUCGGGCCGCCGCAGCGCUCCCCGCCCUCGAGCCGCGGUGCCGGAGCCGCCCGCCGCCCGCGAAGGAGGUGGAGGGAGCCGGAGGGGCCCGCCGAGGCGGCGGCGGCGGCGGCGGCAAGAUGGCGGACUUCCUGCCGUCGCGGUCCGUGCUGUCCGUGUGCUUCCCCGGCUGCGUGCUGACGAGCGGGGAGGCCGAGCAGCAGCGCAAGUCCAAGGAGAUCGACAAAUGCCUGUCCCGGGAGAAGACCUACGUGAAGCGGCUCGUGAAGAUCCUGCUGCUGGGCGCGGGCGAGAGCGGCAAGUCCACCUUCCUCAAGCAGAUGCGGAUCAUCCACGGGCAGGACUUCGACCAGCGCGCGCGCGAGGAGUUCCGCCCCACCAUCUACAGCAACGUGAUCAAAGGUAUGAGAGUGCUGGUCGAUGCUCGCGAGAAGCUUCAUAUUCCCUGGGGAGACAACGCCAACCAGCUUCAUGGAGACAGGAUGAUGGCGUUUGACACCCGGGCCCCCAUGGUGGCCCAGGGACAGGUGGAGACACCCAUCUUCUUACAGUACCUUCCGGCUAUCAGAGCGCUGUGGGCAGAUAGUGGCAUACAGAACGCCUAUGACCGGCGUCGGGAAUUCCAGCUGGGUGAAUCCGUAAAGUAUUUCCUGGAUAAUUUGGAUAAACUUGGAGAACCAGAUUACAUUCCAUCACAGCAAGAUAUUCUGCUUGCUAGAAGACCCACCAAAGGCAUUCAUGAGUACGACUUUGAAAUUAAAAAUGUUCCUUUCAAGAUGGUUGACGUUGGAGGUCAAAGGUCAGAAAGGAAACGUUGGUUUGAGUGCUUCGACAGUGUGACGUCGAUACUGUUCCUUGUUUCCUCCAGUGAAUUUGACCAGGUGCUUAUGGAAGAUCGACUGACCAAUCGCCUUACCGAGUCCCUGAACAUUUUUGAAACAAUCGUCAAUAACCGGGUUUUCAGCAAUGUCUCCAUAAUCCUGUUCUUGAACAAGACAGACUUGCUUGAGGAGAAAGUGCAGGUUGUGAGCAUCAAAGACUAUUUCCUAGAAUUUGAAGGGGAUCCGCACUGCUUAAGAGACGUCCAAAAAUUCCUGGUGGAGUGUUUCCGCAGCAAACGCCGGGACCAGCAGCAGAAGCCCCUGUACCACCACUUCACCACCGCCAUCAACACGGAGAACAUCCGCCUCGUGUUCCGUGACGUCAAGGAUACCAUCCUCCACGACAACCUCAAGCAGCUCAUGCUGCAGUGACGGGCAGAGACGCGCCGUCCGAACGACUCUUGUGUUGUGACGGUUUCUGUUUGUUUCAUUUUUUAAGGUAGCAGUUUACAACAGGAGUUAGAAACAAUUUUGAUUCUGUGUUUGACUUCUUGGAAGUGUUAGUCCUUCUGUGGCCUUGGUGUGUGACUGGGAGCUGCUGAGUGACGCCUCUCCAGCCUCUGCUGCCUUCGGGCUGGGAUCACGGGGAGG